AGGAGGUACAUCCUAUCUUCGUACUUACUUAUGAUGUACCUAGGUACCGAAGACAGGCCGUCUUUUUUUUUCCCGUCUUUUUUCUCGUGCCCACCUCUAUCGGAGCUCCCACCAUCUUCUAUCGUCAUAACCCAGCGGAAUUGUAAUUUUACCUGCGGGACGCGGACGGCGACGACCUCCCCAUAACUUGCGUAUAUCCCUUCUCUCUUGUCUCUCCGUCUCGUGCGCGCGCCCAUCGUGCCGCAUCUUCAGCGUCGCACUUGACAGCAUGUCUAUUUGGGAUGCGCUGACGGGACGGAAGUCCUCGCAACAAUCCUCGUCUUCGUCCCCUCCGAGUCCCGCCUCUUCGUCCGCACCCAUCGACAACUUCUCCCCGACACCAUUCGAUCCCUACGAUGCGCACGGCGUAGAUUCGUUUUUAAAGAGCUCCGAAUUCGCCGAUCCGUCUCUACUGCAUCCUUUAGCCGGCUUGGACAAGGAGGGUCUAGAGUACCUAAGCUUAGAGGACUCGGCCCUAUCAGACCUCCCUGGCGCACAAAGCGCUAUCCCCUCUCGAGGCUUCAGCGACGAUUUAUGUUACGGGACCGGCAUCACGUACCUUACCGCCUUGUCGUUGGGAGGCGCGUGGGGGCUCCAGGAAGGGCUGAGGAGGUCGGCGGGCCAACCCCCAAAGCUGCGGCUCAACUCCGUCCUCAACGCCGUCACCAGGCGAGGCCCGUUCUUGGGGAACUCGGCCGGCGUUGUCGCCAUCACAUACAAUUGUUUUAAUUCGGGAAUAGGAUACCUUAGGGGGAAGCACGACGCGGCGAACACCAUCGCGGCGGGCGGGUUGAGUGCAGGCGCGUGGGCGAUCACGAGGAAAGUCCUGCUUUCGCCAUCGAGCAGCAAAGACCACGAGCAGAACCUUUAAUUAUGGCGAUAACGACUGCGCGAAUUCACCAACCAAGAGCAGCUCCUAAUCCGGACGCGAGACUAAGAUAACUGUGUAUGAUAUAAAACUCGAG